AUGGAUUCGUCGCAGCAUCCCCUGGUAGCGGGCUUCCUUACCUCUCUCGCCUCUUCGACUAUCGCGCCUUCCGCUACGACCCCGUAUUUGGCCUCCUAUUCACAACACGCAUACUCCGCUCUCUCGAAUUCAACUUCGCAAGUGCCUUCUGAUCGCGAUGGCGGCGAUGAUGGGAACAUGGAGAGGUGGUCGUCGCUUAUCGGUAUUGUGACCGCUCUGAUCGGCAACGUGUUGAUCUCUAUGGCGCUCAAUAUCCAGCGCUAUGCGCAUAUUCGGAUCACACGGGAAUGGGAGCUGAAUAAGCUGAAGAAGGAAGCUGAACAGAGACAGGCACAUUCUGGAUCUGCCACUGCGAAUCCCUAUGGGACCGUUGGAGGUGAUAGUCGAGGCCGAUCGCGGGAACAGGAUCGGCGCCACGGCCAUGGUGGUUUUGAGGCUUAUCGCGAUGACGAAGAUGCGCCUCCCAGGGGACGACAUAGCACUCGAAGCUCUCGCGACAGCGCACGCGAUUCGUUUGCAUCUGAUAGUACCGCUCGUCCAGGCGACUCCGAGGACCGAAAAUCUUACUUACGGUCCCCGUACUGGUGGGCCGGUAUCAUCCUCAUGGUUCUGGGUGAGACUGGGAACUUCCUCGCCUAUGGCUUUGCUCCGGCCUCGAUUGUCUCUCCUCUAGGUGUCGUUGCUUUGAUAUCCAACUGCGUUAUCGCACCCUGUCUUCUCAAGGAAAAGUUUCGACAGCGAGAUUUCUGGGGCGUACUGGUCGCUAUCGCUGGAGCGGUGGUGGUUGUGCUCAGUGCCAGAUCUUCAGAGGACAAAAUCGGCCCUGGCGAGAUCUGGAUGAUGAUCACUCGUUGGGAGUUUGAGCUUUACCUGGGAUUGACUAUCGCACUGAUUAUCGGUCUCAUGUGGGCCAGCUUCUCAUACGGUUCGCGCUCGAUUCUGAUCGAUGUCGGGCUUGUGGCAUUAUUUGGUGGAUAUACGGCUUUGUCCACCAAGGGCGUCUCCUCAUUGUUAUCAUUCACAUUGUGGCAUGUCAUUACAUACCCCAUUACCUACCUACUUGUUUUCGUUCUUGUCUCCAGUGCCUUGAUGCAAAUCCGUUACAUCAACCGAGCUCUGCAGCGCUUUGACUCCACCCAGGUGAUUCCGACGCAAUUUGUUCUAUUCACGCUCUCUGUGAUCGUUGGGAGCGCUGUUCUUUACCGCGACUUCGAGUCAAUGUCGGCUGGUCGAGCUGGAAAGUUCGUGGGUGGAUGCGCUCUGACCUUCCUGGGUGUCUACUUUAUAACUAGUGGUCGAGUGCGUUCUGACGAUGAGUCUACCUUUUCUACGGAGGAUGAAGAGGAGGCCAUCGGCUUGCUGUAUGGUGAACGAUAUCGCGACAGGAUUGACUUGUCUCCACCUGCCCAACACUAUCGGGCACCAAAGACACUCCCCGUCGAUCGCGAGGAAGAGGAUGCUGUGUUGUCUCCAAUUGGCUCUCUUACAAGCCGUGGCAUUGAUGGCAUAGAUGAUGACCAGCUUAUACCUCGGGGUGCUCAUUCUGGGGCUCCUUCUUCCCCGGCCGGCUCAUUGACUGCCGAGUCUUCCCUCUCAGGGCCAUCUCUAGAUCACGCAUCGGCCCUACGUCCGCCUUCUCGUAUGUCCAACCCAUGGGCAGACUCGAUCGAUGCACCCCCGGAAACCCCUAAAUCCGACCUCGAGGCUUACUGUCAUACCACUCCACUUGCACCGGAAGGCGAUGGUACUCAGGAGUCCACUGUGCUUUUGCGCUUCCCUCCUGCGCCCGGCAUCGAAGAGGAUCCAGCAAAAAAGUCACCUGUCCCUCGGCGGGCCUCAACUCCUCUUGCGCUAGACCAGCCUCACACCAACGAUCGGAGUCAUACGACUCUGGACACUCCUUCGCGACGAGCCAUGCGCAACUCUAUAUCCAAUCGCUUUUCCCCUGGACCGCUCCUUCCUACUCUUUCUGGCGGGUUUAGCGCUGUUGUUGCGGAAUCUCUGCGUCGGGGCGAGGGUAGCCCAUUGAAGGAUCGUGCUCGGCGAAAGGUUGGGCGCCGCCGUCAACUUGACGGUGCCUUCGAACAUGAGCCGGCUCGGUAUCAAGAUGGUGAUCUUGGAGUGGAUGGCAUCGAUGAUCCCCUGAACAUUGCCACUGCGCGACUGCAAUCUGCUACCGGUCUGGUCGUACCAUCUGCGGAGGGUGGACGGUCAACACCUGCUCUGGCUACAGAGAUUUAUAACCCUCAGACCCCGAAACCAGACGAGGAAGUUGGACGGCUACGCAGCUUCAGCGACUCAUGGAGUGGUGGUCUUGCAUGGCUUGGUGGUGCCUUGAGAUUGCACCAGGAUCCACCUGUGGAUAGCGGUGCGAUCGCGCAAGGAACCACGACUCCGCAGGGUGAUCAGGAUCCGACUGGCGAGGGUGGUCAUAGCCACACCGAUGCUGCAACUGCCGACGCUGACUCUCGAUCAUAA